AUGAACAUUUCAUUUUCCGGGUGUGGUUUCCUGGGCAUCUAUCACAUCGGCGUAGCAUCGGCCAUCAAGGAGUACGCACCGGACAUAUGCGGCAAGCUGUGCGGUGCCUCGGCGGGGGCGAUUGCCGCCUCGGCGCUCCUCUGUGACUGCCUUGGUAAAUCACGUCAUAAUAUUUUGUUAUACUAUUGCUGUUUUCAAAUGCUAGGUCAGGCAGUUACGUAUGUGUGCCACGGAUCGGAAUUAAUUUCUGUUCUAUUUAUUCCUUUCUUUAAUUUUUGUUGCUUAGAUCACGUGUCGAGCCGGUUUCUCAGUGUGGCAAUCGAAGCGCGCUCUCGAGCGUUGGGUCCCCUUCACCCGUCAUUCGAUUUAGUGAAAAUCGUGCGCGAUGGAUUAACGAAAGGUUUACCGGAAAAUGCACACAAACUUGCCACCGGGCGGCUGUUCGUUUCACUGACUCGGCUUUCUGAUGGUGCCAACGUUCUCGCCUCAGAGUUCGAUACGAAGGAAGAACUUAUAGAGGCUAUUAUUUGCAGCAUGUUUAUCCCUUUGUACAGCGGCGCAAUUCCACCAUGUUACAAAGGAACGCAUUUCAUCGAUGGUGGCUGGUCGAAUAAUUUACCGGUGCUGGAUGAAAAUACGGUCACUGUUAGUCCGUUUUCGGGCGAAGCGGACAUCUGCCCCCUCGAUUCGGAUUCGUCGUUUUUAAUGAGUUUUGAUAUUAAAAAUACGAACAUUCGUUUUACAUGCGAGAAUUUUCACCGCCUCAGCGUGGCACUUCUGCCACCUCAUCCUGAAGUCUUAAGCAAGAUGUGCAGGCAAGGCUUUCAGGAUGCGUUGCGAUUUCUUACAAAGAACAGUAAAUGGUUUUUUCAUACUUAA